GAAGGAAAAGGGCUUGUGCUCCACUGUUCCAACUUGUCAGUCAACUCAUGCCAGCGCUCUCCACGGCUGCCUCUUCUCCACACCCUCAUUACAUGUGUCUGCCUGGACUGAUCUGCUCCUCUGUUGUGGGACUCUCCUGACAAGUCAAAAUUUCUGCCUUCUCUCUGCUCUGGAAUUGGAUCAAAUCACCUCUGUUGUGGUGUUUUUUUUUUUUUAUAGCCCCACCAGGAGGCUUUUUGCUUAUGGUCUCAUUCUGUUUUCCUUCAGUACUUGUCUGUUUUUGAUUUCCAGAAUGGAGGAAGACGAAUUGCUGAAAGAAAGAUUCCAGGCCAUAACAGACAAAAGAAAACUGCAAGAAGAAAUUACACAGAAACGUUUAAAAGUAGAAGAAGAAAAAAUGAAACACCAACAUUUAAAGAAAAAGGCCUUGCGAGAAAAAUGGCUCUUGGACGGCCUUAGUUCUCUAACUCCAAAAGAGCAAGAAGAAAUGCAAAAGCAGAAUCGAGAGGACCAACAACGAACUCAUGAGCUGGAACAAGAAAUUUUCAGACUGGAGAAGGAAAUCGCGGCUCUGGAAAAAGAGGAAAUGGAAGUAUCAGCAAAGGAAGAAGCAAUUUUAAAGAAACUCAAGUCUGUUGAGAAAACAACAGAAGACAUAAUAAAGUCUGUGAAGACUGAAAAAACAGGAGUUGAAAAAGAGGCAGCAGACUACAUAUACACCAGCAUACCCGACCUUCCCAAGUCUUUCAGGCCUUCUGCACUGAAAAGUACACCACACGCUGCUGCUGACGAGGAAGAAAAGAGAAAAGCAUUGUUUGCCAUGGAAAUUAAAGUCGAAAAAGACAUGAAGACAGGAGAGAAUACAGUGUUAUCAACAAUACCUCUUCCCUCAAAGGAGUUUAAAGAGACAGGAAUUAAAGUCUAUGAUGAUGGUAGGAAGUCAGUCUAUGCAGUGUCCUCAAAUGGCAGCACAACACAAAAUGGGAUGGAUGAACUUGCUCCUGUUGAGGUGGAAGACCUGCUACGGCAGGCAACUGAAAAAAAUUCCCAGUCUCCCACAGAGUAUCAUGAGCCUGUGUUUGCAAACAAGUUUUGCAGGCCAGUUACUCCUCAGAAAGACAAAUUAGCUCCUGGACCAAAACCGGAAGAGAAUCACAGAAGAGAAUUGAAUGGAUUUAGCAAUCAUCAGACAGAAUUCUCCUCCAAAUCAGAGCCCUUCAUGCAGCAACAUAAAGAAAACGGGCUUGAUCUUCCAAAGUUAAUACAGUCAAAGUCUCCCUCCCCAGUACUUCCCCUUUCAGAGAAGAAAGUGCACACUAACCCUGAGAAUAGGAUGAUACGUAACGAAGAAAGAAAAGCUGCACAUGAGGAAACAAAACCUUACCAGAAUACAAAGGAAAGACAUAAUGAGACAAGGUUUUUAAGUCCCCCCCAUCUUAAUGAAACAUCCUCCGCACCUCCAGAUGAGGAAGAUGCUCAAUACAGCGUUGUCCAAGCUGUACCAUGUUACGUGGAUGAUUCCGAACCAGUAACAAUGAUUUUCAUGGGUUAUCAGCGCAUUGAUGAUGACGAUCCAGAAGCAGAUCAAAAGUUGUCACGUUACGAUGGGGUUAUCCGUGCAGAGUUAGUUAUCAUUGAUGAUGAUGAUGAAGAUGACAGCAAAUCUGAGAAACCAGCGUAUCAUCCCAUAGGCCACUAUAGUCAGGUUUAUCAGCCACCGAGCAGGAAACUCCCAGAGGUCCCACAGCUGAAUGCUGCAAGUGGUCUGGGCAUGAGCCUGAACAAGGUACCCCACAAAAAUUCCAUCUCCCGGCAAGAACAAGAGGAACGCUUGAGCUCACCAACACACCCUGCUCAUCUUCACAGCCAGGGAUCUGGAGAUGGUACCGAAGAUCCCUCACUAACAGCUCUGAGGAUGAGAAUGGCAAAGCUGGGAAAAAAGGUGAUUUAACAGCUAUAAUGACACAGAAGUAAAAUUUACUACCCAAAGCAGAAUAAAGCUAAGAAGAGCUUCUUCGACACACCUUUUUUGGAUCAUAAUGCUUGUUUUGCUCCUCUCUUUUGUGCAUCCAGGCUGUUCAGCCCUCUGUAUAAUCCUUUAACAGACUUUUACAUUUGACCAACUGCCACGUACACACAAAUCACAUCCUGGAUUUGCUGAAAGUAAUGGAGAAUUACCUAACACCAUAAAUGCAGUGUACAUCUAAGUAUGAAGACACGUGCAUACCUGUUCCCACAAUCUGGAAUAUGUUUUUACUAUAUACACAGAGCAGAUGAACACUCAACUCCACAGACUUCACAUGGCAUAGUUCCACACCAAAGUGUGCCAAGCUAUCAAAUUUUGAUUGAAAAUGCCAUUCCAACAUUUUUCUGGUAAAAACAUUGAUUAAUUAAAAACUACACAUGAGAGAUAAGAACAUGAAGAAAUGUAAAUAGAAAAGCUGAUUUCCAAGCAUACCAUCUUGGCCAAAAUUUAAAGCAUUCCUUUUUAAGUGACAACAAACCGAACCAAAAAUAGUCAAGUCAGCAUUUAAAUAUUUAGCCACCUCCUAUAGCUCCACAGUCCACCCACCCUCCUCUUGUACAUAUAACAGUAUAGCCAUCCUCAGACCUUAAUCCCUUCCGCACCCAUGCUGCCCACCCGUAACCUCGCAGACCAAUCCUGUGCAUAACACUAUGAACAGCCUGACCUUCCAAACAUGGCUUCACUUUCUUACUUGCUCAGAAAGCCCUGCUUUUCCAGGAAACUUGUUGCCAGACAGGCAGUGCCUCUCCAUUAAAAACAAACAAACAUACCACACACAACACACCACACAAACAAAAAACACCACAAAAAAACCCAAAAAACCCCACCAAAAAACAGAAAAACAACAACAACAACAAACCCCACUCCACUGUUCAGUAACCAGGUUUCCACUGACCAGGGAAGCUAAAAAUCAACACAAGCCUCCCAUCAGAAAUAGAGUCACCAAUGGCUUGUUCUGCAGCUGCAAGACAAGGUCUGUUAGAGGUGCAGCCACUGCUGGGUACAGCCCUCCAGCAAAGUCCCAGGCUCUCACCAAGGAACACAUUAAUUCUUUGCACAUGAAGGACGAGCUAAGGGCCCCUAAAGCAGCCAUAAGAUACAAUUAUACCUAGAAAAAUCACAUGCAAGUCAGAUUUUCCAGUACAUAGUUAUUGGGGGGCAGGGGGAGCAGGAAGUGCCUCUUAGCACUACAUCCUUAUAUUCAAAUCAGUAUGGUAGUUUUAUUUUGCUACAUCUUAGCCUAAUUCAAAUCACUAAACAGAUAAAGCUCAGGUUGUGUUAUUCCAGUAUAGCUGACUCAAAUUAUGUACCGGCAAAAAAAUAACUUUUUUUGCUGGUCUUCCUUGUUUCAAAGCAGGAAACUGAAGCUACUACCUCAUACUGAGGCACGAUGGUAGUAACCAGCUGAAUUGUAGCCUCUAAACACUUGGUGGCUCCCAGUCUGAAUCAGGUAAUAAUCUCAAAUUUUAGGACCUUUCAGAGAUGCUUACCUGGAGAUUGGAAUAGUAGAUAAGAACAAAUAAAUCUAACUAUAUUACA